AUGGACCUGCCUUCACGGCCACACCAUGAACCAUUCGGUCUCGCUCUGGCCUCCCCCCCACCUUCUGCCCUCCGCCCCCCUUGUGUCCCUCCCAACCCCCCUCGCUGCCUUCUGUCCGCCCUCUCCCGCCCGCCUUGGUUUCUCCCUCUGUUCCCCAUGCCUCCCCUACAGCUACUGAAGCACAGGUUUGGGUGGGUGUUUGCCGAGCCUGUGGACGCGGAGAGUUUAGGUCUGCCCGACUACCAUGAGAUCAUCAGCCACCCGAUGGACCUGGGAACCAUCCGCUCCCGCCUCGUCCAAUCGCUCGCUGCCACGCGUGCAGACGGGGCAGGCGAGGGAAAAGUUGGGGUAGAUGGAAACGACGCAGCAAGAGAAGCAGAACCUACGGGUGGUGAAGAAACUGGUGCAUCUGAUACUGCUGCUGCUGCUGCUGCUGCUGCUGCUACCAGUGCUGCCGCUGCAUCGCGGCCCCCUCAUUUUAGUCACGUGAAUGAGGUGGCAAGGGAUGUACGGCUGGUGUUUGCAAAUGCUAUGAAGUACAAUGGACCGGGAUCGGAGGUCUAUCUCAUGGCCCAAUCUCUCUUGGACCGAUUCGAGGAGAAGUGGCAAUCCGUGAUGGUGCCGAGGAUACAAGAGGAGGAGAAGAGAAGGCGCACAGAGGAGGAGCAAAUACAGGCGUUUGAGAGUCGGGUGAAGGCAGAGGCAGAGGAAGCAGCAAUGGACGGGCGUGCGAGACAGAUAGCUGCCGAGACAUCCCAUGUGGAUCAGCAGCUGGUUCAGCUCAGGGACUCCAUCGCCCCGCUCUGCCGAUAUCCCAUCCCAUGUGGGUCAGCAGCUGCUUCAGCUCAGAGACUCCAUCGCCCCGGGGAGGCGAUGGAAGGCAGUUUGGUUGAGUGCAUAAUGGGUGGUGCUUUGGGACGAGGCAAUGUGAGGAAGGGUGAACAAGAGGUAGGAGGAAUGGGAGGGCUAGGAGGAGAAGAUCCAAGAGCAUCAGGUCGAGGAGGAGCAUUCGGAACAGAAGCCGCAGCAGCAGCAGAUGAUGACUCAGGAGUCAGGGAAGCAGGAGGAGCAAGGGGAAGGGCAACAGGGGAUGCGCAAGGAGAGGAGGGUGGGAGGGGUGGUCAAUGGGGCAUAGGUGAACGAGCAGCAAGAGCAGCAGGAGGAGCAGCAGCAAGAACAGCCCGGGGAAUGCGGCGAACUAGAGACUCCGAUUUCACUGUAGACCUCGAUGAUUUGAGCCCGGCAACACAGUGGCGAUUACUGCACUACCUCAUUGCUCAUGCGUAUCUGCCUGUCGAUGGCUGGGCGUUCACGUGCCUGUUGGGCCUUUCAGAAUCAGGCGCCUGGGGCCGCUGCGCGCUUGUCAUGCGCAGUGCGCCAGGCUGGAGCCGCCGCCGCGUGCGGCCGUUCCCCGCGUGGAACCAUGCCGCGGCAGCAAGAUGGAAUUCAUUGGGGUCCAAGUUGGGAAGGAGACGGAAGCUCGUCGAAACGCGGCUCGUCAACACCAAGAAGCUCAGGCUCGUCAAACCGCGGCACAGGUUCGUCAACACCAAGAAGCUUCGCUUCGGCAACACCCAGGGGUUCAUCUUCGUUCCCAGGCGCGACUCGGCGAGGGAAUCGCAGGUGCCGUGGCGAGAUUAUGGAGAAUCUGUCAUUCGAGAUGAAAACUUCGUUACGCUAUCACGUAAAUUCGGUGCAGAAACAAAAGUUCGGGGGCAAGCGGAAGGGGGAGAAGCGGUAGCGCAAUGGGGGGAAGACCAGGCGCAGCAGGCGCACAGGCAUGGGGACUUUGCGGAGGGGGGAAUUGUGCACUCAGGGGAAGAGGUGGAGGAGGAGGGGAAGGAGCAAGGGGACGAGGACCUGGAGGAAGGGGAGGACGGGGAGGAAUGGGAGGAGGAAGAGGAGGGGGAAGGGGGGGUUGGUGUUCCGUUGGUGUGGUUUGCUGAUAGUGUGGUGAUCAGACGAAAGAGAUUACUGGAAGAUUCUGGUGCUGGUUUAGGCAGGGAUGAGGGAAAGGAGGACUUUGGGGAGGAGGACGAUGAGGAGGGGGAAAGGAGAGAAUAUACGGAAGAAGAAGAGGGGUGGAAAGGAGAAGUGUUGGUGGGGUUGAAAGGUGGGGAAGGGUUGCAAGAGGUGGGGGGCGGAUGGGGGAAGGAUGUGGGAGGAGAUGAGGAAGGCAGGGCAGAAGAGGAGGAGGGAGAGGAAGGGGCCGAAGAGGAAGAGGGAGAGGAAGGAGAUGGAUCGGAGGUAUCCGGGUUACGCAGCAUGGUGCUGCAUCGGAAGAGAGCAGGGGUGGAUGGAGAUUCUCAGGAGGAAAUACAGGGAGAGGAGGGCGAGGAGGAUGAAGAGGAUGAAGAGGGAGCAGAGGAAGAAGGAGAGGCAGUUUUAGGGUUUUGCAUGUUGAUGCACUCGGACAGCAUGGUGCUACAACGGAAGAGAGUGGGGAAGCCUGAAACGAGGAUGGCUGAGAUUGAGGAGGAAAGGGACGCAGGGGACAGGGAAGCAACGGGAGAGGAUGAGGAGGAUGAGGGGGAGCGCAAGGAGGAUGAGAGGGAAGAAGGGGGGAAUGGGGGUGAGAAGUUGGUGUCAGAAGAAGAGGGGGAAAGGGGGAAUGAGGAAUUGGAAGGCGUGAAUGACGCAGAAGGGGAUGAGGAGUUGGGAGGUGUUAAUAAGGAGAAAGGGGCUUCUUGGCGAAGAAGGUUGGUGCAUUCUGAUAGCUUAGCUGUGAACCGGCUUAAAAGGAGGACAAGCCAUACUUCAAGUGCAACUUCAGGUGAAGAGUCAGGUGAACUUUCAGGUGAAACUUCCGCCUCUGUUGCUUGUCCCCCUCACGCAAGACGGUUUGUGCACUCUGACAGCCUCUCGGUUGCAAGGCUUAGGGGAGUGGUCACAGGGGCACAGAGCAAAGGGAAUGAGGAUGGGGAAGCGGAUCGGGUACUUGAUGAGGUUGCUGAGGAAGAGCAGGAGGAAGAGCAAGACGUGCGAGUGCCGGUGUUCCCACAUUCUGACAGCAUAGUGGUGGCAAGGGUGCUAAGUCUCGAGUCGGCUCUAGAAGAGAAAGAGGAGGAAGAGGAGGAGGAGGAAGAAGAGGAGGUAGAUGUGGCAGUGCCGGUGUUCCCACAUUCGGACAGUGUAGUGGUUACAAGGGAGCAGCGCAAGAGGAGGCCCAGACUCACAUUGCCUAGGCUUGCAGGCAUACACGGAAUAAGACCUGCCAGUCAAAGCGCCAGGCUCUACCUUCCCCAGGUAAACCCUCCCAGGGCGGCAGGCAUAAGUCCUGCUAGCCAGAGCGCCAGGCUGAACCUCCCCCAGGUGAACCUUCUCAGGGUGGCAGGUACAAAGCUUGCCAGCCAGAGCGCCAGGCUGUACCUUCCCCAGGUGAACCCUCCCGGGGAUGCAGGCUUAAAGUCGGCCAGCCAGAGCGCCAGGCUGAACCUUCCCCAGGUGAACCUUCCCAAGGCCACAGGCUUAGACAGCAUGAGGCCUGGGAGUCAAAGCGCCAGGCUGUACCUGCCCCAGCCCUACUCUUCGCAAGUGGAUGUCAGUCAACAGGUUGGCCCGGUGUUUCGAAGUUCGUUUAUCGCCAUGAUGCAACAGACAUCUGGUGCACGUGAUGUGCAAGGCCUAGGAAGUCUCAUCUGA